CAAAACACUAGCUAUUUUAGUAUUGACACUGUAACAUUUGACAUUCGUUUAACAUUGUCUUAUAAUUAACAAUAAAAAUAUAAUAAUAAAAAAAAAAUAAUCAGCCAUGAUAGAUUAGAAGUAAACAAUAUAAAUAAAUAGAAUAGUUUAUACUCAAGAUGAACGCUUGAGACUGAAUAGCCACCAAUUGCUUUCCAAGAAAAUACUUGAAUUUAAUAAAAAUGCGUAGCAGAAGUAACUCGGGGGUCCGAUUGGACUAUUACCAGCGAGUCAUUCAUAAGAUAAUAAUGAACCACCAGAAUCCAGUGACGGGAUUAUUUCCAUUAAGUGAAGAUUUAGAUCACGCGUGGAUUCGCGACAACGUUUAUUGUAUACUAGCUGUCUGGGGAUUGUCGAUGGCUUACAAGAAGAUCGCGGACGUUGAUGAAGAUCGGGCUAAGACUUACGAACUGGAGCAGAGCUGCGUUAAACUGAUGAGAGGGUUACUGAUGGCAAUGAUGCAGCAGAAGGAUAAAGUUGAAAAAUUCAAAAUAACUCAAAAUCCACUGGAUGCACUGCAUGCCAAGUACUCAGCGUCGACAGGGCAGACUGUUGUGGGUGACAACGAGUGGGGACACUUGCAGAUUGACGCUGUUUCGUUGUACCUGUUGAUAUUAGCGCAAAUGACUGCCUCCGGGUUGCAGAUUGUCUUCAAUUUGGACGAGGUUGCAUUCAUCCAGAACUUGGUCUUCUAUAUUGAGUCCGCGUACUGUACGCCUGAUUACGGAAUCUGGGAACGUGGGGACAAAACUAACCACGGAUUGCCGGAGCUCAAUGCCAGCAGCAUCGGGAUGGCUAAAGCAGCCAUGGAAGCAAUGAAUGAACUGGAUCUGUUUGGUGCCAGAGGUGGACCAACUUCAGUGAUCCACAUCCUGGCGGACGAGGCCCAGAAAUGCCAAGCAGUUCUCCAGUCCAUGCUACCCCGAGAGUCAAACUCCAAGGAAUUAGACAGUGGGUUGCUUUCUAUCAUAAGCUACCCAGCCUUUGCCGUGGAUGAGCCGAAUCUGAUCCAAAUGACCCGGGAUGCAAUCACCAAGAAACUACAGGGCAAGUACGGCUGCAAACGGUUUCUUCGUGAUGGCUAUCGCACGCCUAAGGAAGACCCCAACCGACUGUAUUACGAGCCCUGGGAGUUGCGUAUGUUCGAGAACAUCGAGUGCGAAUGGCCGUUAUUUUUCUGCUACCUCAUUCUGGACUAUUGUUUCCAAGGAAACUCCAGUGCAGUCAAAAAUUACAUGAACGCGUUGGAAAGUAUUUUGAUCAAAGGUGAGGAUGGGAUUACACUCGUGCCUGAACUAUAUGCAGUAGCACCAGAGAACGUUGCGGCCGAGUAUGCAGAGCCAGGAAGUCAGCCAAGAGAACCUUUAGGACGUUGCCCCUUCAAGUGGUCCCAGUCUCUCUACAUUCUGGGGAAGCUGCUCCAAGAAGGAUUUCUGGCUGUUGGAGAACUGGAUCCACUGAAUAGAAGGUUAUGCAGUGAGAAGAAGCCUGAUGUCGUUGUCCAGGUUGUCAUUCUAGCAGAAGAUGAUGAGGUCAGAGAUAAAAUUUCUCAGCACGACAUCCACGUCCAGACUAUUGCUGAAGUUGCCCCGAUUGAAGUACAGCCUGCUAAAGUUCUCAGCCAUUUGUACACUUAUUUAGGUCGGAAUAAAAAACUGGGGCUCUCGGGAAGAAAGUCCAGGGAUGUGGGAAUUCUAAGCACCAGCAAAUUGUACUCAUUGCAGGAUAAGAUUUUCGCGUUCACUCCUCAGUUAACCGAUAUGACACGUUUCUACAUCGCAUCAGACUACGAAUUAAUGAUCGAUAUAUUCAAAGGCGAAAUAAACUUCUUGAAGUCUAGCUGGCAAAAUAUGUUAGGUCGACCACUUGUUGUAAUGCCACUCAAGAAUAUCCACCUAGAUCAAGGCAAGAUUCCCCUGGCGAUGAUCACGACGAUGAAAAAACUUAAAAGCGGUUAUAUUAAUGGUACUAGAGUAUCACUGGGUAAUUUGAAUGACUUUUUGAGUACUUCCUGUAUCACUAAUUUGAGCUUUUUGGGAAGCGCUGAAGAAGGCCGACCGGAUAAAUUGAAUCCACAGGUUCAGAAAUACCUAGAUGAGCACCUGAUGCGAGCAUUUCCUCUUCGUUCAGGUCUCCUGAACCGUCCAGCAGUGCGUAGUGGCCGUAACUUACGUCGCAAACUGUCUUUCAAAGGAGCAAUUAAAAAAACCCGGUCUAUCGCCGUUGAACCCAGUUUUUCAAUUUUUUAUUUACAACCUGAAAUUUGUGGAAUGGCAGGCGAAGAUCGUCGGCCAUCCACUAUCUCGUCAGUCAAUCCGUUUGUUGAUGUAACUGAUACCCCAACAUCAACUCAAUCUACUUUAGAUAUCGACCAACCACCGAAAGAUGAGGACAAACGAACCCCCUCUCCCGAGGUGGAAAUUACUAGUGACACUAUUCCUAGAAAGGCUCAUAAAGUAAGGACUUUAACGGAAACUCAGUAUGCUGACACCGAAGUUGAAGAAUUGAUGGCUAUGUUACGUGAGACUGAGAGUUUGGAAGAGCAAGGAGAUAUUUUGCAGUAUUUGGUUGAUUCACAAGGAUUACAAUUCAACACGGGAAUGAUUGAAAAUGGCCAGCCGGUUUUGGUAAAAGAUUUACUGAAAGGCGUAUACGAGAAAGCUUGCCAGCAAAAAAUGUGGGGUAUCGUUCGCCAUACCGCGGGAAUGCUUGGUAAGAGGGUUGAAGAUCUAGCCAAGGCUGUGACUGACUUAUUAGUGAGACAAAAACAAGUUACUGUUGGUAUGCCACCAGCAAAUGAGCACACAAUAGUGGCACCACUUCCAGAGAACGAACUACGGUCGCUAAUCCAUCAAGCCUACGGAGACGAUGAAUCAACGGCUAUGUUAACUCAGGAGUUGCUGGUCUAUUUGGCCAUGUUUAUCCGCACGGAACCUCAACUGUUUCUGGAAAUGUUACGAUUGCGCGUGGGUCUGAUAAUCCAAGUGAUGGCAACCGAAUUAUCAAGAACGUUGAUUUGUACCGGGGAAGAAGCAUCCGAGCACUUGUUGAACCUGUCGCCUUUUGAAAUGAAAAAUUUGCUGCACCACAUAAUGAGCGGAAAGGAAUUUGCGAUUUGCAGCGUGGGUCGAGGCAAUUUUUCUAUAAUCUCCAGCAAAUCUAAUCGAGUUAGCAAGAAGUCACAGAUCGGUGGGUUUUUGAAUGCCGACGGGCCAGACGGAAGCGAGAUUGAACCUGACAGACAGGGACAGUGGUUGAGACGAAGACGUUUAGACGGCGCUUUGAACAGGGUCCCGAGAGACUUUUACUCGAGGGUCUGGCAUGUGCUUGAACGAUGUCAGGGACUGGUUAUUGAAGGCAAAGUACUGCCGCAGCAUCUCACUCAGGAAAUGACUUCUGGGGAACUCAAAUUCGCACUGGCUCUUGAGACGGUUCUGAACACGAUCCCACAGCCAGAGUACAGGCAGCUGAUUGUUGAAGCUCUGAUGGUACUGACUCUGGUCACUGAGUACAACGUGGUCGCUUCUCUGGGUGGUAUGAUUGUGGUCGAACAGCUAGUACACAAAGCCAACGCCAUCUUCCUGGAGGAUCAGAUGAAAGUCGACGGAGACGCGACUCUUUGCUGUGCAAAGCCUAAGGAUCAACGAGAAACAACUCCAAUGGGUACACUGUUAUGUGGGGGAGCUGCAUACAUUUGCCAACACUUCUACGACAGCGCCCCAAGCGGCAGCUUCGGUACAAUGACUUACAUAACCCGUGCAAUAGCCAGCUUACUGAACUGUUUACCCAAAGAUGGCGACCUUGAGUGCACUAUAUCUUAAUACUCAUUAACAUUAAAGCUUAUUAAUGCAAUAAUUGAUAAAAUUAGUUAAAUAUAUACGAUUGAACGUGCCUUGUUACUCAGAAAUUGUAUGCAUCCAAAGUACUUGAAAAA